AACAUUUUCCAAAGAAGGAAACGAGACAAACAUGUCGGCAAACUUCAGAUUUAUUCGAAGCCUAAGGUUUUGCCCAUCACUGUUGUAUUAGACUAAUAAUUAUACACAUGCAGUGCGGCGUGUUUAAAGCUAACCUUCGACGUUACACAAUUUUUACUGGAUCUAUUAAUAAUAAACAAGCUACAUCAAUUGGUUCCAAGUAAUAUUUUAUUAACGUUAUUCAACAGUUAUUUUUGUCAACGUUUAAAAUGUCUGACGAAGAGGUAAUACGUCGAAGAUUGCUCAUAGACGGGGAUGGAACUGGAGAUGAUCGCAGGAUAAAUAUGCUCCUGAAAUCAUUCAUAAAAUGGAUAAAUAGCCCUGAUGUAGACAACACGCUACACGAGAGGAUGUUGUCGCAACUUGCUCAGUGUGAAUUCGCGCAACGAAAGUCCAGACUAGUUUCGAAUAUGAGUCAAGAAGAAUUGAAGAGUUACGAACAGUUAUCUAAGGAAAUUGAAAUUCAAAUAGAGGAGGCUAAGAAAGACAUAGAAAAAACAAAGGUGGAGUUGCAGGACGCGAAACGCGUAAGAAAGAAUAGAAUCGAGUACGACGUGCUGGCAAAAGUAAUAAAUGAACAACCAGAUCGAGUGCAAACUAAUUUGAAACUUGCCACUUUACGCGAAGAAUUAGACAAGUUAAAGGAAAAAUCUGAACAGUUAGAACACAAAUUGGAAAUGAGACGUAAACAAUUUCAUGUUUUAAUUUCUUCUAUACAUUCUCUGCAAGGAAUGUUGAAUGAGUGUGAUGAGGAAAUGAUGGAUGUUAGUUUAGAAAAUUAUGAGGAUACAGAUACUCCAAUGCCUUCUAAAGCUGAGGCAUCUUGAGAUCUUGAGAUAAUAUCUGUGUCUCUUUCUGCAAUUGAAUGUAAAUAAUGAUGAUACAAAUCCCCUUGGAGAAUUAACAGGCUUCUACGUUCUAAUAGAAGACUGAAGUCUAAGUCAAGUUGCUGCAACUGAAAAAAGGGGAU